AUGCCGUCUCCACGACAUAUCGCUGCGGCUUUGGCUGCAUCAGCGACAACCGUUUCUGCUCUAUACGUGAAUGGCACAGUCGUUGCGCCCUGCGACUCACCAAUUUACUGCCAUGGAGAUAUUCUCGAGCAGGUUGAGCUUGCCCAACCCUUCAGCGACUCCAAGACCUUUGUUGAUAUGCCAGCUAUUCGUCCUCUGAGCGAGAUCCAGGAUGCUUUCGACAAGUUGGAUAAGCCGCUGCGUAACAAUUCGGCCCUCACGGAGUUUCUCAGUGACUACUUUGCCGAUGCUGGUGGUGAGCUCGAGGAAGUCCCUGAAGAUGAGCUUGAAACAGAUCCCAAGUUCCUCGACAAGAUCAACAACACUGCCAUCAAGGAAUUCACACAAAAGGUCAUCGAUAUUUGGCCUGACCUGACUCGUCGCUACGACCAAGACUCCAAGAACUGCAGUGAUUGCCCCAACAGUUUCAUCCCCGUCAACCGAUCCUUCGUCGUUGCUGGUGGUCGUUUCCGCGAGCCUUAUUACUGGGAUUCGUACUGGAUCAUCGAGGGUCUACUUCGAACUGGUGGCUCUUUCAUCAACAUUGCAAAGAACACGAUCGAGAACUUCCUUGAUUUCAUUGAAGAGUACGGCUUCGUCCCCAAUGGCGCUCGUAUCUACUACCUCAACCGAUCUCAGCCUCCUCUGCUGUCUCAGAUGAUCAAGGCUUAUAUCGAGCACACCAACGAUACUGAUAUUCUUGAGCGUGCCCUGCCUCUGCUUGUGCAGGAGCAUGAGUUCUUCAUGACGAACCGUUCGGUUCCGGUCUACAUCAACAAUGAGACUUACUACCUCAACACAUAUAAUGUUUCCAACACUCGACCACGACCCGAGUCUUACCGGGAAGACUAUGUUACUGCAAACAACAAGUCUUACUACUCACCAUCCGGUGAGGCUUACAGCGGUGGUGAAGAACUCAACUUCAAGACAAAGGAGGCUCUGUACGGAAAUCUCGCCAGUGGUGCUGAGAGUGGUCUCGACUAUUCAGUUAAGUGGGUGGCCAGACCCGAUGAUGCUAUUCGCGACAAUUACUUCCCUCUCAGAUACCUCAACACUAGAAACAUCAUCCCUGUUGAUCUCAACUCGAUCUUGUACGGAAACGAGAUCGCCAUCGCUGAGUUCUAUGAGCAGACAGGCAACAGCAGUGCCAGCCGUCAAUGGCGCGAAGUCGCUGCCAACCGCAGCUUUGCCAUGCAUGCCUUCAUGUGGAACGAGACCCAUUGGAGCUACUUCGACUACAACUUGACUUCCAAGGCACAGUCGAUCUUUUACCCAACCGACAACAAUACUGCAGAGAUUGACAAGGAGAAUGCUCCCAAGGGCAAGCAGGUCUUCUUCAGCCCUACCCAGUUCUACCCCUUCUGGCUGGGUGCUGCUCCCGACUAUCUCAAGAAUAACCCAUAUGCUGUCCUCAAUGCUUACAAGCGUGUCUCGUACUAUCUGGAUACCCGUCAGGGUGGUAUUCCUGCGAGUAAUGUCGAGUCGGGACAGCAGUGGGAUCAGCCUAAUGUCUGGCCUCCACUGAUGCACAUCCUCAUGUCAGGGCUUGAAAAGGUCCCUGCAACAUUUGGCAUCAUGGAUCCUUCUUUCAUCGAGGUCCGUAGACUGGCUCUGCGUCUCGCCCAGCGAUAUCUGGACUCAACUUUCUGCACUUGGCGCGCAACUGGAGGAACAACUUCAGAUCUGCCCCGAAUCCAGUCAGCGGCUGAGGGGGCUGAUGGCAUCAUGUUUGAGAAGUACGCCGACAACGCUACCAACGUUGCAGGAGGCGGCGGUGAGUACGAAGUCGUUGAGGGCUUCGGCUGGACCAACGGUGUGCUCAUCUGGGCUGUUGAUGAGUUUGGCAACAGACUGAAGCAGCCUCAGUGCAACUUCGCUGGGGACUCUUCUAAUGAGCGUCGUGACACCAGCAGCGCUGUCAUGUUGCAUGCCCGCGAUGCUGCCCGCGUCAAGAAGUUUGGCAACAGGAAGAGGGCCGCUGAGAAGGCUACCCAUAAGAGGUCAAGCCGUCUGUUUCACUUCUAA